UCCUUUUUCUUGAUCUGAAAAUGAAAAAAAUGUUUAUUUUUCUCUCUUUCCAGAGUUCUUAUUUCUUGUUGGUGGUGCUUCAUAAGCCUCUGAAUCUCAGUCACUUUCAAACCCUGAGUUAACAGCAACACAGACCAACCAGCUUUCUCGCGAUCGAUUGAUUGAUGAUAACGAAGCCCAUGAGCAUCAACUUCGCCGCCGCCAUCAGAGAUACCCAACUAAAGUACUAUAGCUAGCUAGUCGACGAGAGACUGUCUUGCAAUCUGCUUCUGAUAGGGUAGCCUACCCUCCAGUUGAACGCAACGUUGACUCUUAUCUUGCAGGUUAAUGACUCGAUAAGAGAAGGACUUUCGCAACAAUCAAAUUUUGGCGUAACCAUGAAGACAUCACGGUCCUCGGCCUCUCGCGGCAAAAGGAGCGCUCAUAGCCGAGGGAAACCCAAAGAAGUCGAUGUGUACGAGCAACUUCGAAAUAGCUUGAUCAGUGCCGCAGAGUUAACUUCAGGAGGAGUAUCGAGCAACAUGUUUGUGUGUGGAGGAGCCUGGCGAGCAAGAAAGCAGUCGGUUUGGGAAGUCCAUUACACGCCUUGGGACCAACCAGAUAAUCACUGGUAUGUCGCUACUAUUCACAGCACUGGCAGCCGCCGAGGAAGCCGUUCGUCGAGGCUACCCCCAAGAGAUGUUUUUGAGUCCUUGCUCAUGGUGGCGGAGCUACAAUAUUUCGUGGUGAAAGUCUUUGACAAAUUCGGGGUAACACCAAUGGAACCAGACCCGGAGGAAGAAUACUGGUGUAGCGACAGAUUCAAAGAAAAAAUUGAUGUCGGUAUGCUGCUGCCUGAGCUUGGAAAGUUUGGUUUGGCUGGGAGGUUGUUGCGUCGCAUGAUGUCGACUGAAGGGCAAAAGACUGACAAGGGUGGCUGGAGAGUAGAACCUGAGCAAGCCUAUGCACUCGAUAUUAAAGAAUGGCGACCAGAAAUUGUUCUAGGACCGGAAGAAAUCCAGCAAUCCAAAGCUAAAUCGAUGCAAGCUAGUAGCCAGCAGCCAAGUUCAGGUAAAGAAACCGAUGCUACCCUGUAUGCCGGACGACCUGUGCCACUUCCAGGUGUCAAGAAGCAAAAGGUAAUGAACCCUUCUUCCCAGAGAGGGCGACACCGCGGUGCAGGAUUUCAACCCGUGUCCAUCUUGGCAAACAAUAGACCAGUUGUUGCCAAAGUUGCUGACGACGAAAUGACAAACAAUGGACCUGUUGUUUCCGAAUCGGAUCACAGCACAGAUGACGACGAAUGCAAAGAAUGGAGCGACAACAACCAAGCUCGCCCAAAGAAGCAAACGAAGGCGUUGCACCACGAAGCCAGUCACAGUGAAACGGAUGUGUCGACUCUGCAUCAAGACAGAGCGAGGUUGGCGGGGCGGCAAUCGUCGAGGCCGCGAGUCAAGAAACGACCGUACGGUGCUGGCACGUCGAGCAUGUUGGACUCUACGGCUCUCGAAGGUCAGACGGAUGCAUUCAACAGUGGCUCUCUGCAUAGGCAGUACCACAGAAUGGGUCUUGGUCCACAACCACAUUCACCAGGCCGUACGCAUGAGCACGCUGAAGAAGUGGAAGUCCAAGAACACUACCAAAACGAAGAUGCCCAAGCAGACAAAGACUAUGAGCCACUGGAAGACGAUAUGACCUUGGAAGACCACGGGGAGGAACAAACACUUUCCUCAGAUGAUGGAACGCGCCAACCUUUCCUCCGCCCUCGUUCCACCAGAAAGCGCAAGUCGCCUCACAUGCCUGAAUUGACAACGAGCGGCGAGGUUGAUAGUACUGCAAAUUUGGCUCGACCGAGACAACCGGCAGAUUCGUCUGAGGUUUCAGCGUCGGCAGAGCCUGUUCGAAAGUCAAAACGAGCCCGGAAAGAGGUGCAACGAUAUGAUGACACGAACUAUGCGAAACCUCCAAGGGGCGUAGCGAAAGACAAGGACGGGCAAGCUGAGUCCGCUGGAAAUCCCGGAGAGCACCAAGGUCAUAGCAGAGGAAUGGCAACGCGGUCUCACCGAACAGACCCACGCUUGGAGACUGACGACGGUAAUGGUCAGGACGAUGAGCAUCCGUCAGUCAGGUUUGAAGAUCCGCCGACCAAAACUCGGACAUCCGGCCGCAUUGUGUCCUCGAGAACGAAUGCGAUAUGUCCGAGACUUUGUCUCCUUCAUGUCAAAGUCAAUGGUCGGUUUCUGGCAGAACCCUUGGAAGCAUUGAUGUGUGCGGAAGGCAUUCCAAGGGAAGAAUCCGGCGAGCAAAGCUCGAAGAAGUAUUCCUUAAGAGAAAGGGUUGCUCGUAGCUACUCGGAAGACGACUCCGAAUCCCACUAUGAAGAAGUUGCACAAGCCGACAACGCAUCCUUGCCUCCAGAAGCUGAGCACGCUGCGUCAGACGAAGACGACGAAGUUGCUCCAACUUCCACCGGUCCUCCUUUUGUACUUUCAACAUCAAACAGGUUGACAACGCUCAACCUGGUGCACGAGUACAACGAUGUUGCCUGCAAACGGCAUGAGUUGUGCUUUCCCUUGGGCAGCUACAGAAACGACGAAAGCGCCAAAGAGGCUCUAGAGUCUCUGCGAACCCAAAUGGAGGAACUGAACGAGAAGCAACCUUUCGUAGAUCCGGACGAGGACGAUUUUUUGGCGGAGCAACAGUUGCACAACAGGACCAUGCGAAUAAUGCAGGGACGAAGAAGCCAAGAGAAGAGUAUGCGGUACAACGAAAAAGAGCAUGCUGAACACAUGGCGAACGUUGCACGCCAACAACAGUGGAUCAACAAGAAGAAGGCGCCAACCAUUGAGGAGACAGAAUGGGAGGAGGUUUUAGAUCGUCGUAUUCAGUUCUCGACAUGUCGAACGAUGAGGACUAGACGAAUUUGCGGGUCAGAGAAUUGCCCUUGCGAGACGUCAGGAACCCGAACGACGAGAGGCGCAAGCACUGGCAAUGCCAAGGCUGAUGCGCCAUCUUGCCGGCUUUGUUCUGGCGCUGCAAACUCCGCAGAGGACACGUGCAUUCCUGACAAGAACAUUAUGCCAUUGUGUCGCCUGAUUGACACUGACGCGCCCGAGUUUCUCGAGAGGGACGCCGAAGUCAACGAAGACGAGCAAAAGCAAAACGAGGAGCCGACAGAAAAGAAGAGUACGAGGGUUAGCAAGCGUAUGCAAUUUGACGCUCAGAAGCGCCACGAAACAAUCAUGAAGCUCUCCGAGAUAGAGCGAUCAGUUGACUUUAUCGAGCAAUACAACGCUGGACUGCUUGAGAAGAUUACAACAGGAGCAUAGACAGCCACAAAUCUGGCUGUUCGUGUAGCGCCGUAGGCUAUAAGAAAUUAUAAAUGCUAUAGAUGCCAUUUGCUUGGGCACCUCAA